GGAUUUCCAAGUUAACAAUUAUUUUUCUAUGGUGAAUUAUUCGCAUUUGACUUGUCUGCCUGUAACUGAGUAAUACAUUUUGUGUGCUUAUCAACCGCUGUUAAUGGUUUGCACGUUUGCUACAAAUGUCAUUAAAUAAAAUUUGCUUAUAUGACAUUGUCAAAUAUUGAGUUGUCUUGUUAGUUCCAACUUCUGGCAGUUGGAUGUAAAACACGACAUAUUUUUGCCUUUGCUGAUGUUCAAAGUAUAAUUUAAAAUACACAUGUAUCACACGGAUGUAUAUUUCCCCCAGAACGUGUAAAAUUUUCCUCAAAAAUGGGAGAUUAGGGUUAUGUUCUGUAGACAUCGUCAUGUGCAUCCUGCUCAUAAGACCAAUUUUGAGUUUGGUCCUCAGUAUUUGAAUUCACUUGAUACAGUAGAAUAUCACUUUAUAAAGUUGCUGCAGCGAUCUGUAUGCUGAUAAUUCUUAGUCUGCAGACCAAUUUUCCAAAUUUAGCUCAUGGUGAACUAUUUAGUGAAGUUUUAGUGAUCAAACUGGCCCUGGAUACUGCUGAAUCCUUUUGGCCACUUCGCUGAGAUUUAAAUUGGCUUUGCAUCUAGGCUUACAAUGUAUUACUACCAACUUAGCGGUCUCCCCUUUUCAUUGUGACGGAUAAUGUAUCGUUUUACUAACUUCGUAGAUUGCUUGAAGUUAGACAUUAACACCGUUGGAUGCUGGCUCAGUGGUUUAGUGGUUAAGUGCUCACGAGCGAGACUGGUAGUUCUCCCGAGGCGGGAUCGUGUAUGCACACUGCUGGGGAAUUUUAUACUAGGACGAAACGGCUGUCAAGGGCUUCCAGGAUAUAUAUGGUGGUCUAUCUUCAAUGGACUCAUGAAUUCAAGUAUUGAAUAAAUGAUAAUUCCUACUUCAUUUCGGUUAGUUAUCAAAUCCAAUGUCGAUAUUGCGAACAAGAGUGGAUUUUAUUCUUACCAUAUUCUGGAUGUACGAGGACUGUACUGACCGUCUUACAGUUACUCUUGUUUCUAAGUCGAAGCUAACGUUACCUUUGGAGAAAUUGCCGACUUAAGAUUUCCGGAAUUCACUAUUUGUUUUAUUAUGAUAAGUAUAUGGACUUCGACACCUGUUGUCCACAAGAGUAGCUUGGUUAAUAAGGAAUUUGAGUCUGUUAGAAAAGGUCGCUGAUGUUAGUGUUUAAGUCUGUAUUUCAUUGGUUGUAUUUCGCAUUUUAUUUUUAAAAAGGAACUAAGUCUAAGGAAGCAUCCUUAACAUUGGUGCUGGUGUCCAGCAAUAUUGUUGCAUCAUAUUCAUAAUUAUUCAUUAUAUUCAAGCUAUCUUUCGGUUCGACCACAGAUGUCUUAGAAAUAUUACUCGCAUCUGCUGGGAUUACCGGGGAAGUAAUAGUAAGGUUAGACACAGGGUAUUACGGAAUGAUGGUAAAUCAGUUGGUGAGGUUAUGAAUCUUAAUCAACUGAGAUGGUUGGGCCACGUGUUGCGUAUGUCUGGACACCGAUUACCACGACGCGCAAUGCUGAAUAGUGUUGGGGAUGGUUGGAAGAAAGUUAGGGGCAGCCAAACCAAAACGUGACAUCAAUGCUUGAAGUCACCAACUUCUGAUCUGAGCCCUGUUUGUAGAUGCAGACUACUCGGUUGGGGUCCGCGUCACUCUUAACCAAUAGUUGGAGACUUUCGGUGACAUGGCUCAGAAUCAAUCACAAUGGCGUCGGUGUGGACACUCUCUAUUUUCCCUUAGACUAUGAGAUUAAGAUCGCUUCAUAUCUUUCCACCAACUAAUUCUUCUUGUACUAUAUCCUUAUAUGCAAUCUUUUAUAUAUUACAACCACUGAAUUAACUACUUCUAUGAAUCCGGUGUUCAUCUCGUUGUGCUAAUGCGGUAUGGCAACUUGAACCGAUGCACAUAUGUUCCUGGUCCUACGUUGUAGCCGACUGACUAUCUUUCGAUUCUCAUUGCUUUACUUCAUACAUGAGGACAGACAAUAGAUCAAGUGUUAGGGUUUAGUAUUUUCUUUGUAGGUAGACUGAGAUAUGAUUUCACAUUGGAAUGAAAUCAAUCGUACAGUUACGUAAUUCGAGUCCAUUUAUUGGAUUCACUUCAGAAUCUACAAGAGGAAAAAAAAUCAAAUGCAUAGCAUAUAACUUCAUAUGUCCUUAGUUAUUAUCUAGCGUGUUGGUUUAAGUUUUUGUAAACGAAAUCCAGUUUUAUGUACCACAAUUAAUGUUCGCAACUAACCAGGUAUAAUGUAAAGGACUUAUGAUAUAAACUAUAAUAAAGUAACAGCAUAAAGUUUGUAUGAAGGGAUGUUUUAUUAUUAUUUCUUAUGCAUUUAAUCAGUUUUUAGUUUUUUUUUUAGCGUAAACGUCUAUAGAGUAUUAAAAGCGUCCGGUUUAUGGUUGAUAAAUAACCUGUUAGAGCCGAUCUCACGUCUCAUGGGAUCACUAUCAUUGGGUUAUUACCCUUCAUGUGAUGUGGUAGCUACAGCAACAUCUGGGUCAGCUUCUACAGAUGAUCGACAACAAACUCUUAUUUAUCCAUGUAUUAAGAUAAUGAGCAUCACUGGAUUCGAUCCUGAACGGUAUAAAGUCAUCAAGGGUGAAUAUACACCACUCGCAUGUUAUGGUGAAUUACGAAUUAAUUAUUGUAUCACACGUGAUAUCCCUUUCCUAUCGAAUUCAUUUAUUACAAAUUGGUCCCAAACACAAGUUAAUCUUGACAGACAAUUAUUUAAUGAAGCCUUUGAUUUACCCUUACCAUAUAAUGCCUUGUACGACUAUAAUGGAAUUUGUUUUGUCCUGUCAUCUACGUAUACGGAUAAAAAAGGUAUGCAUGAACAGUUAAUAGCUGGUGCAAACAUGAAAUUAUAUAAUUCUAAAAAAGUAUUUCGACAAGGAAUUUACGAACUUGAAUUACAUCCUUUGGAACCGUUAGGUGUUUAUCGACUAGAGGAUGUUGAAAAAUUAGUAAGGGAACCUACUUUUGACUCAAAACCUUCGAAUAUGGAUACCAUGAAUCAAAUCCUUAAGAUGAAUCGUAAACACCUUCGCAAUGAAUUGCUAGAAACACCAUUAGACCGACAUUGUAUGCCAGAUGUGGAACAUGCGGUUGAUGAGGCAAAACGAGCUAGUGGACGUUUAUUCCUUAGUGUGAAAUUUGAGUUUUCACGCAGCUAUCCAUCUGUGUAUAUGCCUGUAAUAUUUCAGCGUCCAUUUCUACCUGAACAGUCAGAAUUACGAGCUGAUCGAUGGAAUCCAGUCGAUGAAAAGUAUUUUAAAAUGACACGUAAUGCUCGUACAGCUGACGUGGAUCGUGCACGUAAACCUAAUAAAGACAUAUUAGAUAGAUUGAAACUUGUUCUUGAUUUACCACCGGGAAUAAAUAUAUCAGAGUCAGAUGGGGAUCUUAUCUGGAAGUAUCGAUUUUAUUUAGCUGACAAAUUCCCUGAAACUUCUUUAGCGAAAUUCAUUUUAUCUGUUCGUUGGGAAUAUACAGAACAAGUGAAUCAAGCUGUUGAAUUGUUAAAACAAUGGCCAACAAUAGCGCCUGAACAUGUCCUAGAACUGUUUACUCGUCAAUUUCUUCAUCCUGCCGGUAGAAGAUUUGCUGUACAUCGUUUGGAAGCUGCCAGUGAUGAGGAACUUAUUUUAUACUUAUAUCAACUUGUACAAGCAUUACGCUAUGAAAAUUGGCAUGAUAUAUUUUCAGUUCAACCUAAAAGGAAUGAUCGAACUUCUAGACGUAAUGUUUCAGAUGUUAUGAAAGAAGGUAAUUCUGAAGAGGUGAAAUCUACAAAUUUGACAUCAAAUCGUAAAAUGCCAUCAUCUUUUCGUGCUGGACGUGGUGGUGCAUUGCAAAAUAUUGAACGUAGUCGUGAAGAAUUAAUUGGAUGGCACUCUGAUUUAAAAAAAGAAUGGAAAGAAGAUUUAGCCAGUUUCCUUAUAAGACGCGCUCAACUAAAUUUUCGUAUUGCAAAUUAUCUGUAUUGGUUUUUACGAUUAGAAGCGAACAGUAAUGAUGGCGAAGAUGAUUUCUCCGAACGGGAUACCGUAAAUUCACCCGAUACUCAAAAGAUGUAUAAACAUGUUUUGAAUAGACUUUUACAUGCUUUUGAUGCUGGUAGUCCUACUUGUCAAAAAUGGAACAUAGAACUACUACAACAAACACAAUUCAUUCAAGAUUUAUGCCGGUUGCUAAAAUCAGUUACCAAUGAUUUGGGUAAUCGUUCACGUAAAAUUGAAUUGUUAAGAUCAAAGUUGGAUAGUGAAGAAUAUGCUCAUAUUAGGCAUAUUGAUAAACCAUUCCCACUUCCUCUAAAUCCGGAUAUUAUUGUAUGCGGUGUACAAUCGUCUACAGCUACACUAUUCAAGAGUUUCCAACGACCUGCAUUACUGACUUUUAUCCAACCGAAUGGCGACACUUAUCGAGCUAUUUUAAAACAUGGUGAUGAUUUACGUCAGGAUCAAUUAGUUUUACAAAUGAUUGAGUUGAUGGAUGUGAUACUUCGUAAAGAAAAUUUCGACCUUCGAUUGACACCAUAUAAAGUUUUGGCUACAAGUAACCGUCACGGUUUAGUUCAAUUUGUUGAAUCUAUUUCAUUGGCUGAUAUACUUCAUCGUUCCACAUUACUAGCUUAUUUACAAUUAAAAGCUCCGAGUCCAAAUAGUCCUAUGGGUGUUCAAAAAGAUGUUAUGGAAACAUAUAUUCGAUCUUGUGCUGGUUAUUGUGUCAUCACUUAUCUUCUUGGAGUUGGUGAUCGUCAUAUGGAAAACUUACUUCUCACUGCUGAUGGUCAUUUAUUUCAUAUUGAUUUUAGUUUUAUUCUUGGCGCUGAUCCUAAACCAAUGGCACCUGAAGUAAGAUUAACUCGUGCAAUGAUUGAUGGUAUGGGUGGUCCAAAUUCAAAUCAAUUUAAUGAAUUUUGGAAAAUCACUUUUACAGCUUUUCUUAUUUUAAGACGGCACGCGAAUUUAUUUUUGACUCUAUUUUCCUUAAUGUCAAAUACAGGAAUACAGAGUUUCAAUGGCCAACAAAAUAAUGCAUCUGAAUUUUUAAAAGAACAUUUCUGUGUACAUCAGUCAGAAGAGAAAGCUGUUAGUCGACUGGCUAAUCGUAUGACUGAAUCUAUCAAGGCUAUUGUACCUGAUAUUAUGGAACGAAUACACACUAUUGUACAAUAUAUGAGGAACUAAUCAAGCUUUUCAAUAAUCUAAUUGUGAUAUAGAUCUUCAGUAACUUUUUUUGUCAAACUUAUAUUUUCAUAACAAAGAAAUAUCAUAAAUUUUCACCAGGAUACUUUUGUUUACAAAAUAUUUCAGUCAAUAACAAAACGUCGCAGUAUUUCUUAUCACUGUUUAAUAAUUUUUGUAACAAUGUAUGUACAUGAAUAAUAAUAAUAAUAAUAAUAAUAAUAAUAAUAAU